AUCCUACAGACUGUACGGAAUGUUUCUUGCCAACAACCCGGAAGUUGGUGAUGGAUUUUCACCGAAAAAUGAAUGAAUACGAUGCAAAAUGUUGUGUUGUCCUUAUAGAGUAAUAAGCAAUGUUGCCAUGGAAUGGUACGUGUAUUUAGGGAUCUUUUGAAAGUGUACGCAAACAUGACAUGAGUUUAGACCUUCUGCUGUUUUAUCAGCUAAUAUUAACGAUUGAGAGAUGGUGCCUGUCGAUACAGUGCUAAACUUCAGCUGCCUAAUGUUGCAUGAUGACCUCUUUUACUCAAGACAAUCAUAGCUAAUUUAGGCAAACUGCAGUGCCGACCGGAGAGGACAAAGUCUGGUCAGUAUAAAAGGCACAGACUAAACUAUAUAUUCGUAGGGGUUACCCGUGAUGUUCAUCAUACUUUGAACUCCAUUGCUUACGCAGUUAAUUAAAUGGGGACAUGUUCGUUUCCUACGACAAUGAUAGGCUGAUCUCUGGACUUACACAAACGCUAAAGAUUACGUUGUUUGGCAUUGUACAGUGGCCGAUAACUAGCUGCAAAUACUGUAAAUGUAAUGCAUUAGUCUGUGUUUACGUUCAGGAAUGAUAAGUGUAACGUUAUAGAUAUCUUUGUUUUUAACAUCAUUUAGUUAAAUAAAGCCCACAAUGGCAGCUCUAACUGCAAGAAGCUGCUUUCAAAACUUUAGAUGCUCCAUCCGUCAGUUAGGGCUUUUCCCAGCAGCUCGCCUGGUCCCUCAUGGAGCUCGGCUAGGCGAGUCCAGAGCUGCUCAUCUGUUGACCAGAGUGCCUAAGACUGCAUUGUUAUGCUGGGUCGUAGGGCGAUGUAUGUACACUGCAGCAAGCUGCCAGGAGGCCUUGCUGCCACAGCCUAAAGCGGAGAAGAAGGCCAUCGCUAAAGUGCAGGUUCACAAGCUGGUGUUUGUCCUGCGCCUUACUCUGCGAGCUGUGGUUCUCCUGGUCAAAUUUGGCCCACUGCUUCUGCUCUUCCCACUGAGUCUGGUGUCAGAGCAAUGGGCCUCCCACUGGUUGGAUGCCUUGCUCUGGGUCACCGAGACCUCCGGACCCACCUUCAUCAAACUGGGCCAGUGGGCCAGCACGCGGCGGGACAUCUUCUCACAGGCCUUCUGUGACCGCUUCAGCAGACUGCACGUCCACGUCUGUCCCCACGCCUGGACACACACCAAGGCCUGCCUGAAGAGGGCAUUUGGCGAGCAUUGGAGGCAGCUCUUUGUGUUCGAUAGCAAGGAGCCAGUCGGAUCUGGUUGUAUUGCGCAGGUGUACCAGGCCAAGGCCAGAGUUGAAGCUGUGGAGGACCCAGACUUCCAGCAGCUGGUGGAGGAUCUGGAGAGAGACGAUCUGCUGGAAGCCUGGGAGAUCCCUGGGCUUCGUAGGACUCUAACUUCACUGCAGGGAAUAGUAACGGGUGAAGAGGAACAACAAGCUCAUCAAACUGGUCAAGAAAAAACAAGUGAAUUUACUAGAGAAGGUCCAGGAAAAGAACAUCUGAUACCUGUUGCUAUAAAGGUACUUCAUCCCGGGAUUAGAAGACAGGUAGAGAUAGACUUGCUGCUCAUGAAGGCAGGGAGCUGGCUGCUUAAUUGCCUACCCGGAGUCAAGUGGCUUAGCUUGCCUGGAAUUGUGGAAGAGUUUGGGAAUCUCAUGACCAAACAGAUAGAUCUACGUUAUGAAGCAAAGAAUAUCGAGAAGUUCCGGGAGAAUUUCCGCGAUGUGCAUUAUGUCAAGUUUCCCAUCCCCCUGAGACCAUUCGUCACAAGGACGGUGCUGGUGGAGACCUACGAGGAGAGUGAACCAAUCUCCAGGUAUCUCCAGGGAGAUGUCCCUAUGGAGGUGAAGCAGAGAAUAGCAAGGAUGGGAGUGGACACGCUGCUAAAGAUGGUGUUUGUGGAUAACUUUGUCCACGGGGACCUGCACCCAGGGAACAUCCUGGUGCAGUGGAACCAGAGCGGCUCGGCACAGGACAAGGCCACGCUGACGGACCUGUGGGACACGGUGGUGGUGAGCGUCCGGCCCGCCCCUCCCCCACUGCAGCUGGUGCUGCUGGACGCCGGCAUCGUGGCACACCUCAGCGACGGGGAUCUGAGGAACUUCCGGGCUGUCUUCACCGCAGUCGUCCUCCGGCAGGGCGAGCGAGUGGCAGAGUUGAUCCUGCACCAUGCCAGAGCCAACGAGUGCCAGGAUGUACCACGCUUCAAACGAGAAAUGGCCCAGCUGGUGGACCAAGCCCUGAGUGACACCCUCUCUCUUGGGAAGGUCCAGGUGGCGGAGUUGCUUUCCCGUGUGUUCGGGUUGCUCAUCCAUCACAAGGUGAAGCUGGAGAGCAACUUUGCCUCCAUCGUCUUUGCCAUCAUGGUGCUGGAGGGGCUUGGCCGGUCGCUGGACCCCAAUCUGGACAUCCUGGAGAUCGCCAAGCCGCUGCUGCUCAAGAACUGUGCUUCCCUCCUCUAGCAGCUGCAACGUCUGCCGCCAACGCUGCGUUUGACCAUCAUCAACACAUGACCUCAUGCCACCAGGGAACAGAUCCAGCUGGGACAACUGGAAGAAAAUGCUGUCAGGAGUUAAAGGUUAAUGAUGCACUGGGCAACUUGAUGUGCAACGUUAGUGGUAGAUAUCAACACAUCUUGUCCAGCUAAUGGACAUUUGUCGUUGCCAGAAAUGAAUUAGUAGUGCUGGCUGCUCAUAGUGUCUGUAAUGGCGUUGCCCAAAAAAGGGCCCAGUGUGUCAUGAACCCAAACCUACACAGAACUGUCAAUGGGGUGCUGCCCGCCUCCCAUCCCAUGCCCUGGUCUAUUGGUCAGAGAAACCCGCCUCCCAUCCCAUGCCCUGGUCUAUUGGUCUGAGAAACCCUCCUCUCAAGUGAAAUGUAACAAGCUGUGAACUCUUAAUAUUCUCUGUGUGCUAAGAUUCCUGCCAGUGUCCGGUCUCUGGCAUUGCAAUGGAUCCAAAAACACACAAAUUGGGCUGCAUCUCUUUUCCAUUCAGUGGAGAGUGCCCAAAGCUCUUCACACCCAAUGUUCACACCUGGGUAGCCAAGCAUGGCAGUUAAUCCCUGUUGUAAUUCUCCUCAAAUUACAGUUUACAGUUCAGACUGUCUGAUGAGGUGAGGUUACAUCACUCACUCUCUGUUUCAGAGAUAAUUGGGCAUAUAAUAGCCUUAGUCCUUAUGGUUGUUCUUUCCACUAAUUCAAAGCAAUUACUCUGUCCUAAAAUGUUAUAAUUCCUUUGACUGACAAGUUAUCUCAGGUUAUGAACAGACUCCAAUGUAAUCCAAUUGUACAGUUCUGUUACAGGCUGACACUAAUGAUUUGUGCAAUGCAAAGGUUCAUCCACUUUCAACAAGACAUAUCCAUCAUUUUAGAUACAUAGCUCAAUGAAAUGGACUGUAAAUUAUUGAAAACGAUUAAACAUGCCUUUUGGU